AUGGCUCGUCGCACAAACCGAUCGGUUCCCCAAGGAAGAAACGACAUGACUGAAGCAAUCCAAGCCAUGAAUGCUAUGGCCGCAGCAAUGGCCCAACAAGCUGCGAUCCAGGCUCAACGAGAUGCACAGAGGGAUCAGAGGGAGGAACCAGCCAGUGCAGCAAGAGCAUUGAAUGAAUUUCGUCGACAAGAUCCGCCUAAAUUCAAAGGGGAACAUGACCCCGACAAGGCUGAUCUUUGGCUGCAAGAAAUCGAGAAGAUCUUCGAGAUCUUACACUGCUCUGACAAUGCGAAAGUAGAGUAUGCAACCUAUUUGAUGAUUGGUGAAGCUGAAUACUGGUGGCGAGGUGCGAAGAAAAUGAUGGAGACAAAUCAUGAAGAGCUAACCUGGGAGGCUUUCAAGAAUAAGUUCCUAGAAAAAUACUUCCCGAAAAGUGCUAGGGCUGAGAAGGAGGCCCAAUUUCUGAAGUUGUAUCAAGGGAAUCUCACGAUAGCGGAAUAUGCGGCAAAGUUCGAGUCCCUAGCAAAGCACUUCCGCUAUUUCCUAAAUCAGAUAGAUGAAGAAUACAUGUGCGAGAGGUUUGAAAGUGGGCUUAGGUAUGAAAUUAAGGAGUUAGUGGGGCCCUUGGAGAUACGCCAAUAUCAAGUACUAGUGGAGAAAUGCAAGAAAGUGGAGCAGAUGAAACAGAGCCGUCUGAAUAGGGGUGUUGUAGGUGGACCCAUCAGACCUCAGGGGCAUAACGACCAACAUAAUAGGGGCAAGCAGCAUCAACAAUACAAGCCAUAUGCCCGACCACUGGGGAAUGCUAGAGAUCAACCUCGACCUCAAAACGGGGAAGGUCAAGGGCCAAAAGUUCCAAGUCAGAACCAGGCGUACCCUGUUAAGUGUUUUCGCUGCAACAGAGAGGGACACAAGAUGUCUGAGUGUCCAAUCAGACCAAGGGUUUGUUACAUUUGUCAGAAACCAGACCAUUUUGCAAAUGAAUGCCCUGAACGGAAGGACGAUAGAGCUGUCAACCGCAACAAUAUCAACGACAAUGUUGUACGCCCUACUGCCAAGGGACGUGUCUACCACAUCAAUGGAGAGGAAACUCCAUCUUCCUCUGAGCUUAUCCAAGGUGAGUGUUUAAUUGCUGGAAAAUCACUUAAUGUAAUUUAUGAUUCGGGGGCAACACACUCAUUCAUUUCAUUGGAUUGGGUGGAUUCGCUCCAACUUACUAUUACUACUUUGCCGUUUGAUUUGGUGGUUACCCUACCUUCUACCGAAUCAGUGAAAUCAUGUGGGAGUGAUCCUUGGAAGGGAUUGGUUUUCAAGCCAUUAUGUUCUAUUGGAUUGUGCUCGUAA